UCUGUUUGACCGCCUCAGCUUGGGUUUCUUGCUCUUUACCUCACAGCCCUCCUUCACUCUCGUGUUUAUCUUCCUCACGGUCCGUGUAGCCGCGGAGGAGAGAGGCUCUCAGACGGGACCUGUGGACCACCAGAGCCGCUCCAGUGAGGGACAGUCGGUUUGUUUUCAGCCGUUAGCGGUGGGAGCCUGUCCGGGCGGAAUGGGAUUGGUGACAUGCCGACUGUGUGGAAGCGGAUCGUCUUCUCUGUGGGCUCCGUCCUCAGCCUCGGCUCGGUGGCGCUGCUGGUCGUGGCGCUCUCCACCGAGCGCUGGAUAACCGGGACGAUCCUGUGCCAGACCGGAGUGGACCUCGUCAACGCGUCCAGCCCGGAGCUCUCGCAGUUCACGGGAGAUAUUUACUAUGGGCUCUUUCAGGGCGGGAAGACCCGGAAAUGCGGUCUCGGGAGCCGCCGCUAUAAAAUAUACAUUUUCCCAAGACUGAUAAGGAAGGUCAAUGGUGGUCUUCAUAUGAUCAUAAUCUUCUUCCACUUCAUCGCUAUUGGCUUUGCACUGGUGAGUCUGGCAUUCUGCAUUUACAAUGCCAGAAAGGUGCCCUACCAGUCCAUCAAAGGACCUCUAGGUCUCUACCUCUGGAACUUCAUAGCAGCUUUCUUCAGUUCCCUUGGGUUUGCUUGUUUCAUCGCAGCAGUUCGGUGCCAUCGCUUGACGGAACGUGUUGCAAACUUUCGCGAGAACCUGUUCCACCUUGUGGUUUUAGAAGAGAACCUAGGAUUCUCAUUCUGGCUGUGUGUUGCCAGCACAGUCACACAUGGAGUCAACAUUUUGGUGGUGGCUUCAAGCAGAAUUCAUCUGCCCAAAUUACAGACCAAAAAACCAGAGGAACCUACCAUCACAGGAGACGAUCUGCUGUAUUAAGAACACUGGGAGACUAACUUAAGAACAAUCAUGUGCAGUCUUACGAUCUCCUCAUUUGUUGCCUCAAAUGGUGCACUCUUCAAGAUAAAGCCAUGGGUGUGAUAGGAACCUAAGUUUGCAAUGUCUACAACACAGCGUGGGCUGACUCAUUUUCUGGCAACAGGAGGCAGUGCCACUGGUACAUACUUUAUCUCCACCUCCAUGCUUUUUUGGUUUCUAGAUAUCUGUUCCCACUAAAGAGGGACAGUGGCGGCGCUGUCACUGUACACUGCUAGAAAAACCAGCGUAGACCAUCAUAGCUGGUCAUCACCAAAAACAGCAUAUUGUAAGUUAUGGAUGCUGGGAAGCUGGUCAGCUACUAUGGUGAUCACCAUCAAAACCUGUAAAAAGUUGUGUUUUGUAUGCUGGUGUGCCGAUCAGCCAGCAGGACCAUGCCGUGGGACCAGCUAAAGCAGCACUGGACCAACUCUGGAUGAGCAUAAACCAGCGUAGCCCAGUAUGGAACUCACGGCAGUGAUCUCAAAGACCAAACACUAUUCUCUAAUACUGACCAGAGGUGGGUUGAAUUGCCUAAACCAAUACUCAAGUAAAGGUCAAUACUUGGGUGAAACAAUGACUCAAGUAAACAUACCUUCUCAAAAAGUAACUUGAGAAGAAUUAUAGAUAAAAAAAACUACUUAAGUACUGAUUAACUUCAAGAACUGCAGGGGAACUUCUGGAGCUUAGUAAGUCCAGAAUUUAUCAGCACAGGAUCUGAAGUCUGUUACUCUGUGUUCUUCUGUUUGGGAUUCUUUUGGUUGGAAAAAUGCUAUAAUUCCAAAAUCUGAGAUACGACUGAUCUUAAAGCAGUAGGGAUGUUAUGAGCAACAAAACAUAAUUUGCACACUAAUAUAUGUGAGUAGAAGUAAAACUUUAUGAUUUAAAAAUACUAAGGAGAGUACAAAUCUAUCAAUAUUUUACUUGAGCGCAUCCUCUUGAGUAAAUGUGUCUAGUUAUUACCCACCUCUGAUACUGACUACACAUACAGUGAUGCACUAUUACAUUUAUAAACAAGCAAUUUCCCUCAGAUUUUGUAUGCCUGUGGGAACAUAUCUGAUUUAUGCUAUUAAGUGGGAGGAAAGGCAUCUGAUUUGUGGCAAAAUUGAUUUUGUAUUUACUGUGUAGCCCCUAGCCAGUCAUGGCAUGUGUCCUGUCAUGGCAUUUGCCUGACGUCAGUGAAACCAUGACAGCUCAGAUUGAGAAACGCCCACAGGUGAUGGAGUGAGGUGAAAACUUGCUGCCAGUGUGAAGGCUGGGUUAGGCAUUAAAAUGUAAGAUAGUAAGCAGACAGAUACAUUGAAAGACAAGGGAUCUAAUAAAAACCAACUCUAUCCUGGCGUCUCA